AUGGCGUCAUUCCGUCUAUCUUCAGACCUGGACCCGGUUCCACACCCUUCCUGCCGGUUCCGCUGGUUCUCACGCCAUCUGAUCUUGCUUACACUCGCACACCCUUCGGGUGAAUGGAAGGAAGAGGCCAAACGCCUGCAUGACUUCACCGUUGGACUCGAGUGUGUGCUGAUCAUUGUGGAAUUGCUUUCUCUGUUCACCCGUCUGGUCUUGGUGCUGGGCUAG